ACUACUUAAAUUGUAAAAUAAUAUUGCACAGUUUUCUUCCCGAAAUUGAUAAUUAAAUAAAGAACUUUAUCUAAUAUGUUUUUUAAGAACUCACUCUCAGUCUUUCUAAGUUUUAAACAUUAAAAAUUAUUCAGCUUUUUACUAUAAAAAAUAAUCUUAAAACUGUGUCAUUCAUAACAUAUUACAAUAAAUAAAACAAUGAUUUUCACAUUAUAUUAUAUUACUGCAACGAUUUUGCAAUCAUGGAGACUCAAAACAAUUUAUUCAAAAAUAUCACAGCAACUGUCUUCAAAAGAAUCCGUUGUAUUUUACAAACACGAUACAGGUUUGACAACUACUUUUUUGUCAUCUGAUUUAUGCUCUAAUCAUAAACAAGCAACCAUUCAAAAAUGCCUGUAUAUUGAUGAGAAACAAAGAGGAUAUGUACUAGUGCCUCGUCAAAAUAUUGUUUUAGGAUCAUGGAUUGAAUAUUCACCUGCUGUGAAUCUCCUUUCAUCUAAUUUUAGGAUGAACAAUGUAUUAUUUGAAGAGUCAAAUGAAAUACAUUUUUUAGUUGAGACGGGUUUAAUACCAAUGUUUCAUGCAACUGGUGAUAAUUUAAUGAUCGAGAACUUUGGAAUACCAGUUGCUUGGAAAGUAGACUCUCGAUUCGCGAUUUUGUUAAAAUCAGAUAAAGAGCGUUUUUCCGAGUUAAUAAUAUCUUCUUUUUUUCAAGAUUGUUUGAUGCUUAACCAUAAGCUUCCUAUCAUACGGAUUGAGUCCGUAACAAUAGAAGGAGAACCUCGUUCUUUUAAUAAAAUAAUAGGAUGCUCUAAAAAGGAGUAUUUUAGAAUAAAUAGAGUUUAUCAAAAACUCUACAAAUUACAAUGGGAUCGGCAUAUACAAGAAUUACAGCAAUUGUCAUUGUUCGCUAAGAAACAGCACGAUAAAAGUAUUGAAGUAUCUUCUAUUAUUAAACCAGAUUUAAUACCUUCAAAAAACAGUUCGAAUUUUUGCCAUGAUAAAAAAAUUACAACGUCUGAAAAGGAUAUUCCUCUUAAAAUUGAUACCAUACAACAUAACUUGAUUUUAGAAAAUAAAUCAGAUGAUGCGCAUUCGUUAGUAAGAGAAAAUGUUUCACAAAAUAUAGAUAUUUGCAAUACUAUGAAAACGGUCAGUGAUACUUCUUUGAAGCGUACAAAAAAAGGAGGAAAUAUAAAAUAUACGAAACCACCAAAUAUUUUAGUGUAUUCUGAUAGUCAAACGACCAAAGAUAAUGUCAUUACCACGUUACGAAAUAUAUUAGCAGCAGAUGUUUAUACAAUAUACCCACUUACGACAGAAGAUGUUAAAAGCCAAGUAUGGAUAGAUAACGCAACAUUGGUAGUAGUGUGUGGUAGUGUUCCGAAACAAGUUCAAAAUAUUAUCCUUGAUUACUUCUUAAAAGGAGGCAAAAUGUUUUGCUUAUGUUCUGAUGUUCUACACAUUAUUCUGCCUGUUUAUAGAAUUGCAGAGGUUCGUGAACACGAGUUAGUUCAAUUCACUUAUGGCAAAUGGAAACAAGUUAAAAUGAUGCACCAUAUAUUUUGUUAUCAACCAUCACCAAUAAAAAAACAAUUUUCUGCAAAUGAAGAAGAAUAUCAAAUCAAUUCAAACAGCUUGCUUACAACGAGAAAUGUUGAAGUAUGUGACUCUCAGGCAGAGAAUCAUAAGCUUAAGGUUCAAAUACUAGGUACAGAGGAAACAUGGAACACCCCUAGUUUAAUGAUGGCAAAAAAUAUAAAAACUGGUGGAAUUUGCGUUUUUUCUCAGAUUCAUUUAGAAAUUAACCCGUUAAACUAUGAAGGAAAUGAACCUUAUUAUAAGAGUCUAAUGGAAAACGAGAAUAAUCGCAUUGAAAUAUUUUCUGAUUUAUUGCAUAAAUAUCUUGAAUUAGCAGUUUCAAAUAAAACAUCAUACAAAGAGCCUAAAUCUUCAUACACACAUGGUUAUUUUUUGGGAAAAUACGAGAAAAAAAUGUUUUUAUUAGAUCAGAUGAAAAUCAUCCAAAAUGAUAAUAUUUUACAAAAUGAAAAACUUAAAAUAAAAUUUUGUAAAACAAAUACAAUUGAUAUGGCAACUGAAACAUAUUUACCAGUUUUAACCCAUAUAUGUCCCGAUAAUUUUGAUACUGUAAAAUACUUUGAGUCUUUAAAAACAGAAAAAAUUGGUCGAUUAGUUAUUUACUCACAUAGUAUGGCAAGCACAAUGAAUGUAAUACAAAAUGUGAGUUUCGCUCAUGGUAUUACUGUGGUGUCUCGUCAACAAACUAAAGGAAGUGGAAGAGGAAAAAACACUUGGUUGAGUCCAGAGGGAUGCCUUAUGUUUUCAUUGCAGCUGCAUAUCUCAUUAGACAGUCAUCUUGGGCAACAUAUUUCGCUUGUUCAACAUUUGGUUUCAUCUGCUGUAGUGAGAGGGAUUUUGUCACUACCUGGAUAUUCAAAUUUGGAUAUUCGUCUCAAAUGGCCGAAUGAUAUAUAUGCUAAUGGAAGCACAAAAAUAGGUGGCAAUAUCGUAAACUCGAUUGUCGAUUCUAAUGUUAUAUGCAACAUUGGCUUUGGAUUUAAUUUUUCAAACUCGAGUCCGACUACAUGCUUAAACGAUUUGAUUAAAGAAUUUAAUCAGCUAUAUGGGGAAAAUGUAUUAAUUCAACAAUACGAACACGUCCUCGCCAUCAUUUUUAACGAAAUAGAGGAACUAUAUAAUAGGGUACAGAAAGAUGGAGUGAAAAUUUUGUUUGAUACUUAUUAUAAAUAUUGGUUACACAGUGAGCAGAGGGUGACAAUUAUUGAUACACAAGGCAAUGAAAAGUUUGCAAAAAUUGUUGGAGUAGAUAAUUAUGGAUAUCUCAUUGUGAAAAUCGAUGGUCAGCAAGAAGAAGUGAUUGUUCAUCCAGAUGGAAACAGCUUCGAUAUGUUAAGAGGUCUUAUAAUGCCAAAACUCUAAAGUAAAAUUAUUAUUUAUACAUAUAUCUUUUUAACAUGGCUAAUCAGCUGACUUUUUCAAUUUUAAAAUUAAAUAAAAAUUAAACAUUCUUUGAAAUCAAUAGUUAAUCGUAUUUUAAUUAGGCCUCU